AUGCAAUCACUUGUGAGUGAAGAAGCAUCAGCGACGGCCCUAGCUGUCAGCAAGGAUGGAGAUGACUUAGAGUGGACCUGUGAAGACGACAACGGGAAUAUGCAUGACGACGAGGACGUGCUAGGACACACAACUGACCUUUAUCAUAUACCCCAGGCUGAGGACUUCCCAGGGACACUGCAAGCCAUACCCGAUGUUGACCCAGGUACUGGUAUCGGUACUCCAACAACUACCAGAGAAUGGUUCAAUGACCACCUUCACACCGAGUCUGAGCUGCGUCUUUUUGAUGAGUUUGACUCGGUUCUUGGCAUGGAUGAACUUUCACGUAUGCUUGCCACGCUGCCAGUCCCGAAUGUCAUUGAUCAUAGUGGUGAUACCUACUUUCCUUCUUCGAAUGAUAUAUCAUACGAAUACCCUAAUUCUGUGUCUGCUCUUGGCCAUUCAUUACCUAUACAAGACCCUAAUUCAGACUACAUAUACUAUGACAAGCUUGCUGAUUUGUUUCAAGGCUUAGACUUCUCAUACAGCGACAACAGAGCACUCUCAGAGCCCGCUAUUCCACCUUCCACCGUGCCUUAUGGUGCGGUACUCCAUGAUGAGCUGCCUCGUCUACCAGCGGUUCCAGAACCCACUAUUCCACCUUCCAUCGCGCCUUCUGGUGCGGUACUCCAUGAUGAGCUGCCUCGUCUACCAGCAUUUCCAGAAUACACUAUUCCACCUUCCAUUGUGCCUUCUGGUUCUGUCGCCAUCACUUCCAAACAGGAUUCAUCUCGCUUCUUUGACUGCUGA